ACGUGUCAGUACUACACGCCGAUCGCGUACGGCCAGCUCGUCGCGCACGCGUGCCGCUCCGGUGGGUCGAGCAUGCGGCGCGCGUGGAGCGCGAUGGCGGAGGCGGCGCUCCCCGGCCGGGGCGGCGCCCUUUCCCUCACCGCGCCCGAGGGCGACGAGGUGGCCGAGGCGGACAUGCUCGAGCUCACAGACUUCCUCGGGGUCAUCACCAGGGGCAGCUCCGAGAGCGCGAGCGAGGUGGAGAGGGCCAAGGCGACGAUGAUGAAGAGCACUUUCCGGCGGCUCAACUGGAUCGAGCCCUCCGCCCUCCGCUCCUCCAUCGCGCGCGCCUCCGCCAUGCCCGGCUGCCAGGCCUACGCGAGCGCGCGCGACACGGCCGAGGCGCUGCGUGCCCUAGCGACCGGCCGCGUCAUCUCGCAGCGUGCGCUCGCCGACUGCCUUCGAUCGCGGCGCACCGCGCCGGCGGCCGGAACAGGCCGGCAGACAAAGAUGCAUCGCUUGUUCGACGACGCCGAAUUUGGGCUGGGCGUGCAGCUCGGCAUCGCCGAGAGGGCAGGCGUCGCGCUUGCGGCUGCGGACGGCGCCGAGCAGUCUUGGGGACACUUCGCUGCCAACGGCUCCUUCGCCAUCGUGCUGCCUGGCUGCGCCGCGACUGGCGCGCGGCCGCUCGUGGCGGUGCUCCUCGUCAACCUCGACCAGCAAGGCCCAUCGGGCGAACCGGCCGCCACCGAGGCAUACGCGAGCGACAAUGCGCAUGUCUUCCGCGCCGUCCUGCGCCAGCUCGUCGCCGCAAACGUAGCGCAGCGAUGACGCCCGCCGAUGCGCCGCUCACUUGACACACUUGCCAGCCGUGCACCUGUACCUGUACCUGUACCUCUCCCGUGCGCACACACCUGAACCUCUCCACCCGCUGGCGCGCCACUGUGAAUUUGCCAGAGCCACAUGCAGUACCGUCCAAAUACCAAAACCACCGUACAAG